UGUGUGAAUGUGCAAAACCUAUAAUUCAAGUCGACAAGAAUUCCGCAACCGUAAGCACAACGGAAAAGAGAAACAAGCAGCAACAGCAACAGCAACAGCAGCAGCAGCGGAAUGGACUUCGCAGAGCAAAGCAUGAAUUUAUUCGGAGAAUCUGACGAAGAAGAGGGGAACAACAAUAAUUAUUCCAACGACGAUGAAGAAGAAAGAGAGCCGCAGCAACAGAGCUCCUCCUCUUCGCCGUCGUCUUCCUCCUCCUCCUCUAGUGGCUCCUCCUCUGCAUCCUCCUCCUCGUCCUCGUCAUCCUCCAACCACAGCAGCAGUGCGGAAGAGGACAACGACGAUACUCAUGGCGAAGUGAAGUCUUCGUCCUACAAUAACCACGAUUACAAUUACAAUGAUGAUAGUAACAGUCACUAUUAUGAGAAUGAUGAAGAGGCGGAGGAGGACAAGGAUCUGUUUGAUUCUGACAAUGAGGAAUACAUUAAAACACCUGCCAACAGUCCCUUCCCUGUACCUGUUUUGCCCCCUGUGCGCAAUACGAAUAAUCAUACAAGAGGAGGUUUUGGGCGUGGACGCUGGCAGAAUGAUAGAGGACCUGGUCUCCUUCCCCGUCCUGGGCCUUAUCCACAAAGGCAAAACUACGGUUAUGGUCAAAAGUUCUUUAAUAGUCACCGUGAUGAACGCUUUGUCUCUGAGUUGAAAUUCUCAAAAAGUGAAGAAACAUUAGCCAGAAAAGCUAUUGCUUUUCAGGAGCCAUGCGAACUUGCUUGCUUCAGUCGUGUCGAAGGUGGGGAUGUCUACUUCGAUGAUCGCAGUUUGAGGCUGUUUAAGAGGCUUAUCACUGAAGAUAUUGGAACUGACCUCAAUGAGGGUUUUGAUUCUUUCAUUGAGAAGAAAGACUUGGGCUCUCAAGGUUUUGGUGACCUUCUUGCUACAAUAAGAAAUAAAAAUAUACCUCUUCAGAACAUGCACUUUGUGACAUAUCGUAACAACCUUAACAAGAUUCUGGCUACUGCUUAUAUCAGGCACGAACCUUGGGAAAUGGGGGUGCAUAAAAGGAAUGGAGUUGUAUAUCUUGAUGUGCAUAAAUUGCCUGAGAGGCCACAAAGUGAACUGGAUCGUCGAAGAUGUUAUUGGGGCUAUUGUUUCGAGACUCUUGCCACAGAAGAUCCAAGAAGAGCUGAUGGAGAAGGGAUACAUCAUGUUGAUGCCAAUGUUGAAUACUGUGCUGUGAUUAAAACCAAAUUAGGAGCUCAUAGAAUACUCAUGGGUGCUGAAAUGGACUGCUGUGAUUCAACGGAUGAUGGUAGGAGAUUCUAUGUGGAGCUAAAAACAAGUCGUGAGUUGGAUUAUCACACAGAGGAAAGAUAUGAGAGGGAGAAAUUGCUCAAGUUCUGGAUUCAAUCUUUCCUUGCCGGUGUACCUUAUAUUGUUAUUGGGUUCAGGGAUGACGGUGGUCGACUUGUCCGUACAGAACGACUAAGAACCAAAGAUAUAACGCACAGGGUUAAGAUGAAAAAUUACUGGCAGGGGGGAGUGUGCCUAGCAUUUGCAGACGAGGUGUUAUGCUGGCUUUACGGAACAGUCAAAGAGAAUGAAGACUACAUAUUGCAGUUUGCGCCACCAUUCACACGAUUGGAGCUUCUUCAAGCUCAGUCUUGCCCUGAUGUUAUAACUAACCACGUUUUACAGUUAUAGCCACUCAGCAGAAAGUUUCUUAACAGAAAAUAUCAAACAUUGUACUAUAUGAACAUGGUUGCUUCAGGGAUUUGAACUGAAGGGUCCAAAGCCUUAAGAAUUGUUCAGUGGUAUCAUUUUACAAUCACAGCAACAUUAAGUUUUAACUAUUGUUGUGAUAUUAUAUCAUCUAAUUUUGGUCCCCUCAAUUUAGUAUCUCACAUGUAUAAUUCAAUUGUAUGAACAGGUGAUGGUUGUUUACUGUUUAAGAGCAACUGAAUACUUUUUCA